AUGGCCACCACAUUCGCCCAGCACCCUCAACCUCUGCAGUCGCCCACCUACAUUCACAACAGCCAGCCUCAGUAUGGCAACUCUACCACGCCUCCCUCAAACAAUGUCUCUCCUUCCAGCCGUUCAGCCUACAUGCACGCCAAGCAGGUCCGCCAGCCAAAGCAGCCUCUCUACAUCCCUGCCGUCCUGCGCCCCACAGAGCUGCCUGGCUCAAGACAAGCCUCUUUGACUCCUCCUCGCAGCGCACACAGCAGUAUGGACAUGAGCAGAGAUGGCUUCAAGUUCUCUGCCCCUGCUAGCAUCGCAUCUCCUCCUCUUAGUCCCGACGAGGACGACGCGAGAUCCUUUGGUCCUUGGGGCCCUGCCAGCAUCUCCAGAGUUGUCUCUGACGAGUGGAACGAGACCAAGGGUGCCGUCACUGGCGCACCUACAAGAAACCACUGGAAGCCCGACAACAGCGCUUCGCUGUGCAAGUCUUCUACUUGCGCUCGUCCCUUCUCCAUCCUGAAUCGCCGCCAUCACUGCCGUCGUUGCGGAGACAUCUUCUGCAGCAGCCACAGCCCUCACGCUAUUCCUCUUGACCAAGAGGCUCGCUUCCACCCCGAGGGUACUCUUCAGCGUGCUUGUGACAACUGCUGGACCGACUAUCGCGCAUGGCGCGCUGCCCGUCCUUCGCGCAACAACAGCGUCACCAGCAGAGACAGCAACGAGACCGUCUUCACUCAGCCCGUGGGCGUCCCCAGCCAAAGCAAGGGAUCUGAGGAGCACCAGCCUGUUGGCAGUGUCGCCCAAUCUGUUGGCGGCAACUGGAACUGGAGCACCUUUUAA